ACACUAGAUGGAGCGACAGUGUAUUUACCUGAAUGACUCAGGUGUGCUGGGAUUAAUUUGAUAUUAGCCUGCUUUAUCCUUUAUUCUGUGGAUUCAAUAAUUUUUGCUGUCAUGUCGGCUGGUUACGUUUCAGUAACGAAAUCAUCUCAGUUUAAUGAGUUUGAUAAUGAUCAAGUUGAUAAUAUACAGUUUUAUAGACCUAAAGAAGGUGGACCUUUCAGGUUUAAAAACACCUAUAACAACCUCCGUGAGAAGCCAUGGUUUCUUUUCGUAGCUGUUGGCUUAGCCAUUCUGUUUUUAGUCAUCGUUAUUUCAGUUAUUGCUGUAUCCGUCCAUGGAAGUCCACCAGCCCCUAAAGUACCACAGUAUGAUAAAUAUAUGUCAAAGGAAAAUGGACUACAGUUUUAUCCAAUCCCCAUGGAUGAAACCGUGUUGAUUAAAUUCCGACCAAUGAUCUACAAUAGCUAUAGACAUUACUAUAGUUUCUUAAAUGGAUAUUUAUCUGAUUACCAUGUAAUGCACCAAAUUAAUAACUCUGUGUAUACUAGAUGUAGCAAAGAUUAUGCACCGGGGGAUAAAGUGUGUCGAUUUACCCUUGCUGAUCUGGGUGAUCAGUGUACGACUCAUAAAGAAUAUGGCUACCAUGCAGGCAAUCCCUGUAUACUUUUUGUCCUGAAAAUGCCAGCUCAUGUGAAACCUGAACCAUUUACAAAAGAUGAAGUAAAGUUUACUCUGGGUGAUAGAUGGUCACCAGAUCAUAUUGGUAUAUCUUGUGAAGGAACAACAGAUACAGACAGAGACUUGAUUGGCAGUAAAUACAUUGGGGAUAUUGACCCUAUUCAAUACUUCCCAAAAGAAGGUUUCCCUACCUACUUCUACCGAAACUUGAAUGGAGCUACAGAUUUCCUCCAUCCAUUAGUUAUGAUUAAGUUCAACACCUUACCUGAUUUUCAUUACAUACAGGUAACCUGUAGAGCCUGGAUUAAAAAUAUAGAUAUUGAUCAAACUGAUGAUUAUUCUACUACAUUUGCUGUAUAUAAGCACUAAAAUUGGUGUCUUAACUAAAACUCUUUAAACGUUUAGGUACCAAAAUUUGCAAAUAAUAUUUAACAAAUUUCUUCUUAUGGUGACAUCAUAAUGUUGUGCAGGAUUUUUACUUCUAAGCUAUUACAUAUCAAAUAUUAGCUAUUGUAAUUUUUCAACUGAGGUAAAAAUUUUAGGAGUGGAUAAUUUGGUACCUAAUGGAUAAAAUACAUAAAAACUCUUCUCCACAAAGUCGAUAAUUAAAAACUUGUUUUAGUCAUUAGAAUGACUGAACACUUUAUACAAACAGUUAAUGAUGCUUCACUCAUUUGGAAUUCUUAUGAAUGUAUUAUUGUGAAUGGGGUAGGCAAGAAUUUCUUCACAAUUUUAUUGCAUAUUUUAGAUUUUGGACAAACGGACAUGUUUUGCACAAACAAUACUAGAAUGAUUGGUGAGUACCAUUCAAGAUGAUUAGGGUAUAAAAUGAUGGCUUCCAUAAUUUCCUUACCAGGUAAUUUAUGCGGGUGUGGGCUAACAAGGUCUAUGUCACAGAUUUGUUCAGAGCUCCUGUCUUAUUUGUCAGUCUUGCCUGUGAAUCAUUUUACAUGCCAUAGAAUUUGAUAUUUCAAAGAAUCUAACCUCAAUGCACAAUAAACCCAGAAUUAAUCACUAUAUCUAUUAAAAAUAUCUCCAUUAAUAAAACAUACAAAUUAUGGAGAGGUCUAUUCUAUAGGGAAAGUGGAAAAAUCAAUCUAGCAUGGAACAUCUCCUCAGAUAUUGUGCUUUAUUCUUUACUUUUAUAAAGAGGUUACUGUGUAGGGCCUAGUACACUGUAGGCCUACUAUGGAUAUGGACAUUCCAGUUAUUGUAGAUAAACAGAUAUCAUAUCUAUUUGUAAUCACUUUUGUAAAUUAAUAAUUUGAAUAUACAUGUAUCUGAUUAAUAACCCCCAGUCAUUUUAUGUUGUACAAUUAGGGACGGAUACUAAAAAUAUAGGCAAAGGUGUGUCGAUAAAUGUUGCUACAGGCUAGAGCAAUCGAUAAAGGGAUUUACCUCUCUGACGGUUCGGAAUGUUUUUACCUUUACAAUGCAAUUUUUUAGUCCUGGUCAAUUUAAUUUUAUGUUAAAUUUUUCAACUCCAGUAGUUUAAUGAUCAUUUAGGCAGACUACACUAGAGCCGAUUGCUGUGGAGUAGGAAGGGGGAAUUUUAAUGUUUUGUUUUUUAAGAUGCAUUUACUUUACAAAAUACUGUUUCUUCUUUGAGCGGCAUUUAGCAAUUGGCAUACGUAAUAAAUACAAAAACUUAAUAUGGAACACAAUUACUAUUUUAAUUAAAGUGACGUUUUGUUGAGGGUUCAUCAUUUGCUUGAAAACGUUGAGAGUACCCACAACAAAACGUUGCAUUGAUUAAAAUACCGUUUUUUCGGGCAUACAUAUCAUAAGAGAGCUUCGGGCAUAUUUUCGGGCGUGCAGUGGACAAGAAAAUGACGAGAAAAUACUUUUCGGGCAGUGUGGAUCUCAUAGAAAUAAGUUAGUUAUAUUUUUUCUCUUAAACGUUAAUAGAAAAAAAAGGUUGAAUUUUUCAUUGCCCGAAAAUAAAUUUGGGGGGGGGGGGCAAAUUCCCCCCCCCUGCCCCCCCCGGCUCCUACGCCUAUGAUUGUGUUGCAUAUUAUGUUUUUGUGUUUAUUAUAUUACAGUUUUUCGACUUUGUCUUAUAGUUUUGAUUGUUUAUUUCACCAUCAGCUAAGCUCAAGAUGUGGAGAUGGAGUUUCAUUCUCCUCAACACCUGAAAACAACCCCCUGGAUUUAUAUGUGCAUGAAAUGAAUUUAUUAAUGUGUUUAUCGUUAUUAUGUAAUCAAAUAUUCGAUAAUAUAUGCAACUUUUAAUAAUAUUCUCUAUAUUUAUAUACAAUAUUUUACAUAUGUAUUAAAAAUUAGUAUUUGUGUUAUUUCUUUUUAUGAAUUGAUUAUUUUUCUGUUCUCCGAAAUCACCCUUCAAUUUUAUAAAUAAUUAUAUGGAUAUAAAUCAAACUAAACUGUGCCUUUAUUGGAAUGUUUUCCAUAAUAUUUAACCUUAAAAACACAAAUUUGAAUUCAAUAUUAGUCCAUUUCAAUCAAUUUUCCAAUAAAGUUUCACGUUUUAGUUCCCCAAAGUGGCAAAUUCAACACCAGUGCCACUUGUCACUAGAAAUCAAAUAAAAGGAAUGUGGUAGUAAAAAAAACUUUCUUAUAUGUAUAUAUAAACUAAGUAAUGCAGAUUUUGAUUUAUAUCUGUUUAAAAGGCUGUACUUAAAAUAAAUAUGCAUUAAUCUAUCUUAAUUUUGACAUAAAGUUGUGUGACUUGACAGCGCCUCUGUUCUGGAGAUUGUUUUAAUGCAUAUUUUCCUCAUACAUAAAUUUAUAUUUCUGGUUUAAUGUUAUUUACAUUGUUUAUAAUUAGAAAUUUUCUUAUUUUGUAAAGAUUCAUAUUGAGGAAUUACUUCUUCAUUUUUAAGGACAGCUGACAUAGUUCUACUUCUUUUAAACAAAAAGAUGUUGUGGUUGUAUCUUGUUGUGACUGUGUCUGGUCUGGUUGUAAUAUGUUUCAGACUAGAGGUAUCAAAACUUGCUCGGGUUUUCACACAACUCAUAAGAUGCCUAUGACAAGGCAAUAAUUUGUUCAGUCUGGCCUCAUACAGAGUUAUUACCCUGUCACCAAGCUAAGACCAUUUUCUAUCUUUAAUAAAAAAUCAUUUGUAACUGUAACAUUGAGUUCUUGACAUCCUUAAAUGCAAGAAUCUGACGACUUUGCUGGCGGUGGGCAUGUUUGUUGCCUCCACCAACCUAUAUUGGAUUGUACAUAGAACACCAUAACAUUUGAUUUUAAUCAUUUUUGAUUGUUGAAAAAUAGUUUUGAUUUUAUUACAUAUGGUGUAAUGUGAAUAAUUUGAGAAAUUGCAUUUGUUUCAUUCUAGAAAUAUAUUUUCUUUAAAAAAACUUUUUAAAAGAUAAAUCAUGCAUUUGUACACUGAAAAAUUGUACAUCAAAUUGUUGCUGCCAAUUCAUUCAUUAUAAGAUAAUUUUUUUUUUCCUAUUCCUAUAGAUAUUAUUAAAUUUCCGUUGUGUCUAGAAUACACUUUUAAGAAUUUUAAUUGAUUAGUUUAGUUCCCAGGCUUUGCUAGUGUGUUAUAUAGAUUUGAUUUUGAGUAGAAUGUUUCUUCAUGUUAAAAUAUUACUUCUCUCAACACCCAUAAAACCCAAUGAUCGUUAAUUGUCAAUUUAAUCAUUAAAUAAUGCACCAAAUAUAAAAUAAAAAGCAUCAUUAAAACUCCUGUAAAAAAAAAAUAGUAAUGAAUUUAUUUUAAGAUUUUAAAUAUUUGGUUUCUUAGUGCGAACAAAUGAAUAUAUAGAUUUACUUAUAGUAGAAAUGUUUUGGCUACUCAUGAGUCAUACUAUGCUACUUUAAUUGUCACAAAUAAUAUAUGAUAACUGAAAUAUUAGAUUUUUAUCUCUGGAAUUUAUAUGGAAAGAUUUGAUUAAAAUAUUUGUCUGGUUUCUUAUAUUCAAACUUUGAGAUUCUCAUCUGAAUUGGUAUACAUGUAAAUAUAAAUGGUAUCUUGUUGUAUAUUUGUUACUUCUAUUUUAUUCUGUAUAUUAUUAACACUAUUGUUUACUGUUAUUUAUUUUUGCCAUAUUGCUCUACUUUAAGAAUAGUUUUUAAAAUCUGUGAAGUGAUCAAUUAUUUUAAAUCUGAAUGAAGUUACAUCAUAAACCCCUCCUAGAAAGUUAUUAGCCAACUAACAUUGUUUUGCUUUCAUUGUGCUUUUAUAGAGCUUGGCUUUUUUGAUAAAAUAUUUUUAACAAUAA